AUCUAAAUCCCAAUCUUUACAGAGGGUUUUUCUUUCCACCUUUUCUGGGCAGUGGGCAAUAAUAAAGGACUCCUCCGUGUUGCCUCGUACACACAGAAGAGGGGGAAGAGUUUAAUCAUUUCAGCAGUUCUUUUUUCUUUUUCUUUUUAAUUUUUACUACCGAUCAAUGAAGGUAUCUCUCUCUCUCUCUCACGCGCGCGCGCGCACACACACAGUCUAUUGGUUGAGUGGCUGAUUGAUUUCGUGAUUAUUCAAGGUUUAAUAUGUAUCGAGAAUAAGGAAGAUGGGUGCUGGGAGGAAAACACAGACUUUCGUUCUCAAUGACAACAAAAUUCCCAUACUGAACCAGGCACCCUACUCAGGUUUUAGGAAUUUGGGGAAAAGCCAGCUUGGUGGUGUUAUUUUUGGUUGCAAGAAUGCAACUCUUAAAGAAUGCCUCAAUAAUCAACUCUUUGGUUUACCAGCUCCUCACAUGUCAUAUGUUAAGAACAUCGAUCCUGGCUUGCCGCUGUUUUUAUUCAAUUACAGUACUCGAAGGCUUCAUGGCAUUUUUGAAGCUGCUAGCCCUGGAAAACUGAACAUUAAUCAAUAUGGAUGGACUGAUGGUUUAGUAAAAACAUCAUAUCCUGCUCAGGUCCAGGUCCGUUUGCGUGUUCAAUGCCAGUCAUUGCAUGAAGAGCAGUUCAAGCCUAUAAUUGUGGACAAUUACUUUAAAUCUAACCAUUUCUGGUUUGAGCUGGACCAUGCUCAAACAGAUAGGUUAAUAUCUUUGCUAUCGUCCGUUGUUAUUGCUCCAAACACAUCUGCACUACAACUCACCAAAGAAAGGAAAAUUCCCUUAACUUCACAAUGGAGGGAAAAGGGGAAUGAAGGUUUUGACACUGCAGUUUCAAAUGUUGAUGUUGCUCAUUCCUCUAGCUCAGAUGGAAGUCCGGAUGAUUUGGUUGUUGACUGUAACCACUCAUUUGAAGCUUACUCGGAUAGGAGGACCAUAGAGGAAAGUGAAAAGGACAUUAUGUACAUGAAACUAAAAGAAAUGGCCUUUAAAAGAUUAGACCCGUCAUUAUCAGUUGAAGAUAAUGUGGUUACAGAUGGUGAGAACUCGGAGCAUGAGGGUUUGCUGAAGAAACAAGCAAUAUCCGAAGAGAAACUUGAAAUUACAUCAGUCAAGUCACAAGAUGAUCUCUCCGGCCUAGCUCAGUUGACAAAGAGGGUGGAAGAGUUAACUGCUUUUAAAACAGAGCAAAGUCAGAAGAUGGAAUAUCUACAGCAGAAGCUGGUACACGCGGAAACAGAAAUUAAAUGCCUGAAAGAUCGGUGUUUGGUUCUGGAAUCUAGAUCCAAUACUUAUGUAGCUAAGGGGGAUAACACAGCUAGCGAAGCUUUUACCGAGCUUGAUCCAGAUAUUAACGAAUUCAUGUAUUUGAUUGGAGGAUAUGAUGGACUCCAGUGGUUAUCAGCUUUAGAUACCUACUCACCUUUACUGGAUACUGUAAAGUCUCUACAGCCAAUGAACUGUGCACGUGCCUACGCAUCUGUUGCAAGAUUCAAUGACGAGAUAUAUGUAUUUGGUGGUGGAAAUUGUUCUGUGUGGUAUGAGACAGUUGAAUCGUAUCACCCAGCACGCAAAACAUGGACUUCACGCCCCUCCCUGAAUAGGGUGAAGGGAAGUUUGGCUGGUGCUACUGUAAACAACAAACUCUUCGCUCUUGGUGGUGGGAAUGGGCAUGAAAGUUAUUCCGAUGUUGAAAUGUUGGAUCUAGAUGUUGGACGCUGGAUUCCUACGCGGUCCAUGAUUCAUAAGCGAUUUGCUUUCGCUGCAGUAGAACAUAAUGGAGCUAUCUAUGCUGUUGGUGGAUUUGAUGGAACACGUUACUUGGAAUCUGUUGAAAGAUUUGACCCCAGGGAACAUACGUGGACCAGUAUUGCAAGCAUGAAAACUCAGAGGGGUUGUCAUUCUUUAACUGUUUUAAAUGAAAAAUUAUAUGCUUUGGGUGGUUAUGAUGGCAAGGAAAUGGUCAGUAGUUUGGAAAUAUUUGAUCCACGGGCUGGGGCGUGGAUGACUGGUGAGCCUAUGAACCAACAAAGGGGAUAUGCUGCUGCUGCAGUAUUGAAGGAUUCUAUGUAUAUCAUAGGAGGACUCGACUGCAGAGAAAAUAUUGUAGAGACAAUUGAAUGCUACAAGGAGGGUCAGGGCUGGCAAUUAACAAACCUAAAAGCAAUUGGGAGAAGGUGCUUUGCCUCUGCUAUUGUUUUAUAGUAUGAUUACAACCGACUUGAUGAGUUUGUAGUAAAGAGACGGUUUUUUUUUUUUGUUUUGAGCAUGAGGUAAUGAUCUGUCUGGAUCGUCUUUUGUGAUAAGAGGGUAAUUAACUUGGUAUCUAUUUACUACCAAGACAUUUCAACAGUUCUAAAUAUGUUUAUUAGGAAAAUUGAUUUUGCAA